GCUACCAUCAUGGACAAACCCAAGUACGGCAGCGAUGACGAGUGUUCCAGCGGCACGUCCGGCUCGGCUGACAGCAAUGGGAACCAGUCCUUCGGGGCUGGGGGGGCCGGCACGCUGGACAGCCAGGGGAAGCUCACCGUGAUCCUGGAAGAGCUGAGGGAGAUCAAAGAUACCCAAGCACAGCUGGCCGAGGACAUCGAGGCGCUGAAGGUGCAGUUUAAGAGGGAGUACGGUUUUAUUUCUCAGACGCUGCAGGAGGAGAGAUACAGGUACGAGCGACUGGAGGACCAGCUGCACGACCUGACGGACCUGCACCAGCACGAGACAGCCAACCUGAAGCAGGAGCUGGCCAGCAUCGAGGAGAAGGUGGCCUACCAGGCCCACGAGCGGGCCCGCGACAUCCAGGAAGCCUUGGAAUCGUGCCAGACCCGCAUUUCUAAGCUGGAGCUCCACCAGCAAGAGCAGCAGGCCCUGCAGACGGACACCGUGAACAGCAGAGACAGGGAGUCGCCCCCUUCAUUGUCUGAAGAUGAUGCCCACCCCUAA